AUGGGUGCUCAUGAUGCAGCAUUGCGUGGGAAAUGUGAUGUCAUCACUGUUCUGUUAGAGUCGGGGUUUGAUGUAAACUGCCAAAAUAAAAAAGGAAAUACAAUCCUUCAUUUAGCGGCUUUAAAAGGUCACAGAGAAUUAGUGCAACUCUUGAUCAGUAAAGGGGCAAAUGUCAAUGACAAAGGUAACAUGGGUCGCUCACCAAUACACAGAGCUGUUGAAUCUAACGAUGUUAGCAUAGUUCAGGAACUCAUUGAGAGUGGGGCUACAAUAGAUGUUCAUGAUAAUCAACAAUGCACUCCUUUGGAUUUUGCAACAUCUUUGGGAUAUAUUCCGAUAAUGAAAACUCUUAUUCAAGCAAAUGCGGAUAUGCAUAAUAAUCAUACUUUUGGCAAUAUAGGUGCUCAUGAUGCAGCAAUCGACUGGGGAACGUGA